AAACUAAAUGAAGUCUGCCUAUCUCGGGCCGGAGCCCCUCCCCUCGGUCCGCGCCGAGGAGUGUGACACAGGUGCCGCUUCCUCCGGCUGCUGAGGGUCAGGAGCGGCCGAUCGCGACCCUUGCCACGGUCCCCCGGGCCGUGCCCCGCACCGGUCAGCGAUGAGCACUCUGCUGCCGCUGACCACGACCCAGCAAGGGACAGAGAAGGCAGCGGUGAUGGAGACAACCCUUUGGACCCCAGAGCCCGACCCUGGGAUUGUCUCGAGUGAGUUGGACAUCGGUGUCAUUGCAGGCGUGAUCGCGGCCAUGGCCUUCGUGCUGCUCGGCCUCCUCCUGCUCAUGCUGCACUACAUGUACCGGCACAAGGGCACAUACCACACCAACGAGGCCAAGGGCACGGAGUUCGCCGAGAGCGCGGACGUGGCCCUGCAGGACGACCCGUCCCUCCAGGACAACGGUGGCAGCAGCAAAAAGGAGUACUUUAUCUGAAGGACUUUACCAGGACUCAGCUCCCCCCAUGCCUCCCCAUCCAGGAAAGACAGCCCCACCACCCACCCCAUCACCUGCAGCACCGGACAGCCCUCAAGCGCCCCCCACACCCCAAGACAUGCACCUCACCUGGGACACUGGGUGCCACCCGGGCUAGGGGUGGGGAUCGAAGGAGAAAUCCAGCUGGAGAGUCCUCUCCCAGGACCCAGGGAUGCUCAGCCAGAGGGAGGAGGGCUGAGUCUUCCUGGGCUGUACAGGUUACCACGUGUGUGGGGGUGGGAGUCCUUGCUGGGUGUGAGUAGGGUGGUGGCCUAGGGGAGCAAGGAGUGAGUUGUCAUCAUGCUGACUGGGGACAAUGGUAUCAAACGUCAGCCCUUGACAUUUGGGGGGAACAGCAGGUGCCAGAGCUCCAAGGCACCUUUGUCUCCCAUAGAUGCAGCUCUGAAUGAUUGGAAAUAAAUUUGAAAUGUAAUGGA